AUGAUUAGUGAAAUACUUCCUAUUAGACAACUCCUUUAUAAAAGAUAUCCCAACACAUAUGAAGAUAACCUGUGCUCCAAAUGUCUUACUGAAGCAGAGACCCAGAAACAUGUUUUGAAUACUACAAAAGCAUACCAGCCUAUAGAGAAAUCGAAGCCAAACUUAAGAAAAACUAAGUCUCAGAAGAAGGUUGGGACUGGACAAAGUCACGAAUGGAAUAACAGAAAUAGAUUUUUACCUUUCAGCAAAAAGCCAAGUCAAAUUGCAAAUAAAGCCUUAGCACUACUUUACACACUAAUUUGGAAUCACUACACAACAGAACUCAUCAGAGGAGUCAUCUUUGAUAGAACUAAUUAUAAAAAAAAUGAAUCCACAAAUGGACCCAAGUAG